CAGGGGGCUCUAGCAAGACAGGAGUCUCGCCGUCUGUCUUGUCCGUUGCGAUGAGCUUCCUGCUGCCCAAACUGUCCAGCAAAAAGGAGGUGGAUGAGGCGAUUAAGAGCGUGGCAGAGAAAGUCCUGGUCCUUCGCUUUGGCAGAGAUGAGGAUCUUGUCUGCAUGCAGCUGGAUGAUAUUCUUGCAAAAAAAUCUCAUGACUUAAGUAAAAUGGCAACAAUUUACUUGGUGGAUGUAAACAAGGUGCCAGUGUACACCCAGUAUUUCGACAUCAGUUAUAUUCCAUCAACAGUCUUCUUUUUCAAUGGUCAGCACAUGAAAGUGGAUUAUGGAUCUCCAGAUCAUACCAAGUUUGUGGGGAGUUUCAAAACAAAACAAGACUUCAUAGACUUAAUUGAAGUGAUUUACCGUGGUGCGAUGCGUGGAAAACUAAUUGUACGUAGUCCAAUUGACCCAAAGAAUAUUCCCAAGUUCGACCUUCUCUACCAAGAUAUUUAAAUGCCCUAUCUCCCCACCUGGAGAAGAGUAAAUACUGGAUUGUGAACAUCCGAAGAAUGAUUUAUUCCAACUCUUUUUCCAAUAUUUAUCACAUUUGAAACUAGAAGGAAGGAAUUGAGUUCGACUUCAUCCUCAAGAUCAUAUUGGUCGCCAUUAAAAGAGACAGACAUUCUGUCAUUAGUUUCUUCUUUAAAUAAAGCUACUGUAUGUACAUGAAAAA